AUGGAUUAUCCAAAUUUAACAACACCAGCUGGAUUUAUUCUGAUGGGCGUCACACAGCGACCUGAGCUUCAGCUCCCUCUUUUUGGCAUCUUUCUAAUCAUCUACACAGUCACCGUGGUAGGAAAUCUGGGCAUGAUCAUUUUGACCAAACUGGACUCCCGCCUCAAUACUCCUAUGUAUUUUUUUAUCAGACAUCUGGCUUUCAUUGAUCUUGGCAAUUCCACUACCAUUUGUCCCAAGAUGCUCAUGAACUUUGUUGUGGAUCAAAACACCAUUUCUUAUUCUGCUUGUGCCACACAGAUGGCGUUGUUCAUUUUUUUCAUUGUCAGUGAACUUUCAGUCUUGGCCUCUAUGGCCUAUGACCGCUAUAUGGCUAUCUGCAGUCCUCUACUCUACCAUACAGUCAUGACUAGUAAACACUGCCACAUGCUUGUGGGCAUUCCAUACCUCUACAGCACCUUUCAGGCUCUAUUGUUCCCUAUUAAGUAUUUCAAACUGAGCUUCUGUGGCUCUAAUGUCAUCACCCAUUUCUACUGUGAUGUUGAACCUUUGUUACCUUUGAUCUGCUCACAUGCACAGGAGACAGAAUUGCUAACCCUACUAUUCUCAGCAUUUAAUUUAAUCUCCUCACUUCUGGUAGUUCUUUUGUCCUAUGCACUGAUUCUGUUAGCUAUAUGCCGAAUGCAUUCUGCUGAAGGCAGGAAGAAAGCUUUCUCCACUUGUGGUUCCCAUCUGACAGUGGUGGUGGUCUUCUAUGGUACUCUCCUCUUCAUGUAUGUACAGCCCAAAGCCACUCACUCCUUUGAAACAGAUAAACUGGCAUCAGUGUUUUAUACUUUAGUGAUACCCAUGCUUAACCCUUUGAUCUACAGCUUAAGGAAUAAAGAGGUAAAAAAUGCUUUUCAUAGAAUCUUUGAGUGUCCAUGA